AUUAUUAUUAUUAUUUCCUUCUGCCCUUCAAUUCCCAGUUCGAUCUUCAGCCGUACGUUAAUUCCGAUCCCAAAAUGGCCAACUUUUGCUGCUCCAUUGAGACCGAACCCAGAACCUUAAACCAAGGUCAGCUCCACCUCGCUCGAGAAGUUGCCGUCGACAUUGUUCAGAACAACCAACCCCAACAAGCUUCCACUAUCUUUAUUCAGGGGCUAAAACCGACGGAGACUGUAUUGGUUGUGCCGGAAACCAACGGAGUAGACAACAAGAAGCAAGAAGACAGUGCCGCCGACGUUGUUACUGAGAAGACAAUCGGGCAAUGUUUGUGCAGUACGGAAAUUUUGGAAUCCCCAGAUGUCGACCAGUCUAAGGUUAAAGAACCCCUUACUGCUCCAUUUUGAUAUAAUUUACUUAGUGUGACGUUAUAUGUAUGUCCAAUCAAUUUGGCAAUUCUAUAUAUGUAAUCUCACUAUCAUAACGCUUCUGUCAAUUUUAUGUUAACAUCUAAUUUUC